CUCGAAUUGCACGCCUUUGGUAUUUUAUACUGGUUGUGGAAACUCUCCCUCUAAGUAAUUCAUUUAAGUGGGCAUGGAUAACUCGAAUAUGGAGUCCAAACUAGUUUAGCGUUCUCCAUGGUAUCAAAUUGGAGUGAGCAAGGUAGGAGAAGUCAAUAUCAGCCUAACUUAUGGCCAGACAGAAGGAAACCUGAGUGAUCUUCACAUAAUUGAAUUUCAAUCAAUCUUUUUUUGAAUUGCAUGUUAUUUGUUAAAUCUAAACUACACUUUAUUAGCUAGAUAACGAUUAGUUCAUUUAGUAGUAGUAGACUUAGCAACCAGGUGGAUAAAUUACUUACUUACAUUAUACUACACACUAUCGAUGAUUAUUCUUGGCCAUUAGUUGGGAGAGUAAUUGGUAGCGGGUCACCAGGUUAGUUGGUAAUAAAGAGGUUAUGCAGUUUUGCAUAACUAUUGGUAAUGUACAUAAUCUUCAACCAUGGAAGAGGAGGUUUGAUGUGUUAUCAACAUUGAUCAAUUGAACACUACCCGAACCUAUAUCAUUUAGGGAAUCAAUGGUAUGUUGUUCAUCCAGUUGAGUAAUCACUUGACACAACAUAUCGAUCAAUCGGUUCAAUCACUUGGAUGUUUUGGUUCAUUAGUGAUCCUUGUGACAUAAGGAUUCCUAGUCUUACUCUAAAUAGUUAACCUUCCUUCUAUCGCCUCUAUAGACAUCUCAUUCAUAUGCAUGAAGUGAGAUCAAUUAGACCCUUGUUCUAUUGACUAUGAACCUGAGAUCAUACAAAUUAACUUGUACCUAGUGGCACAUCAAAGCGACCCAAGUCAACAUAGAACACAAACACUUGAUCAUCUUAUUUUUUGAAUAUUUUUUGAAGGGCGAAUCUAUUUUCAUAGAUUAUCACGAUGAGAGCCAAGUUUUGAAACUCUUAUUCUUAUUAUAGAUCCAUUAUUCAAGUCAAUGGCUAGAUUAAUAAGGUGAGUGGUUUAUGAUGCAAUAAAUUCUACGCUUUACGAGUUAUAAAGAAUGUAUUUAAUGUGAAGUUGCAUGCCAAUAAUUAAGGUUGUGAAUGUUUGAGACUCUCCAUGUUUGUGUGAGAUUAUGCAUUCUAAGUAAUUGUGGAAAUAACAUGUUUUACUUAAGUAUGUCUUACCUAUUAAAUGCAUGCUCUCAUUUGGGUUAUUGAUUAGAGGCAUUUACCUAUGAGCUUUCAAUAUCUACUUUAAAGCAGUUAAGCUUAUGUCUUACUAUUAAAGGAUUUAUGACCUUUAAGAACGAGUAUUACUAGUACUUCACCGUAUAUAUAAUUUAGGGUGAAAAGGUUAAGAGGUAUUUCACUUACGUAGUCUCUCGCCCUAGUUAAAGUUUAAAGGAAGGGCACUGAUAACGAUGUAUUUGCACGUGUUUGCACCCUUAUUUCUUAUCCGUUUGCGGCUCCUAGUCGUGUAUCUUUCGCCUAUUUUACGUUGGGUUGUGUUAUUUUGUCACAUUUCAGGUCCCAAGCGUCGAAGGAAAGGCUAGGCACGAGUUUCAGGUCAUUUGGAGGUCGUUCGGUGAAGCUGGGGCAAAAACACGGGCAGCCCUGUUAAAAACACGGUUGUGUUCCCCAGGCCGUGUUUUUAUUGGCGAGGGCGUGUCGUGAUGGCUGCUUAGGAGUCCAAAACACGGGCGCCAUUGGACCAAAACACGUUCCUGUCACUUCAUGGGCACGACCGUGUUUUGGGAGCGACGCGGGCAUGUUUGUCACAAGUGAAGCAAAACACGGCCUUGUCCUCGACCAUGUUUUGCCCAAUCUCAGGUUAAAAGGAGAUUUCAGUCAAAGAGAAGGGGAAUCCGAUUUUGAGAGCUAGAGAGCAGAAAACCUAGAGAGAGAAAGUGACGAACAGAACUUCCAAGUGCCCUAAAUCGAUCUUCAAGAGCAUUGGAGAUCGGUGGAAGCUUGGAGGAGUGCCGAUUGAUUACCAGAAGCAGAUCCUCAUCCUUCACAGAUUUUCGCAUCUGAAGCAGAUUUUCCUUCACUCUCUAUGGAGUAAACUCCCUCUCUCACCUAGUAUGAAGAAACCUAGAUUUGUAUGUUAGGGAUGGUUGUAUGAACCUAAGUACAAAUUAUUUGAUAUUGAUUAUAUUCAUUUGAGGCAUGGUUUUCUAAAUUGCAUGAAUCCUGAUCAAAUUCUUGUUAUUCCUGCUUUGACCUAGAAUGAGAAUAUCUGCAUAGGUUGAUAGAGCACCCUUGAUUGAAGGUAGUGAAUUGGUUAGUCGAGGAGUCAAUUCACUAUUCUGUACUUGAUUUAUUCCAAUAGAGGAGGUUUGGUACGUUAGGGACUCAGUCUGUUUACUUCGGUGGAGGUUAGUCGCCCGCUACAGACUGUCUAAUAACCUCCCGCAGUAUAACUAUCAUUGAAUCUGAAUUUGGCAAAUUACAACUUCGCUUAACUGCAGUCUAGGGGGAACCAUAUCUGGGUGACAUCACUCAAACUUGGAACACAACAUUUACUGCUUUUGCUUGCUAGUUUAGUUGGAACGUCUCUACAGUUGAACCGCUAAAUAAUAAGAAUAUCACGGAGUAGUCAUUACACCUAGGAUCCAGGUUGACAUUUAGAACUAAACCCUCUAUACUAUGCAUUAGUAGGUGGUUAAACUUUGCCACUUUCUAGUGUGACAGUACAAGCGAGUCAAGUUUUUGGCGCCGUUGCCGGGGACGACUAGGUUAUUGAAGAAACGUGAUUUCUGUUACUUUAGCAUUUCUUUUCCGCAUUGAUUUUUUUGCUUUGUCCCACUUGUGCCUUCACGAGUUUGCUUGCUUGGAUUGUGUGCAGGUAGUGUAUGACCCGUAGUCAAUCAGGAGACUUACUACCAUUAGAAUCGGGCUAGAACGCACUUGUCGCCAGUUUAGGAGAGAACAACGAGCAAUACUAGCUACGGAGGAAGUGCACGUCGACGGCCAUCUGAGCAGCGACUCUGAAGAGGAGUACAAAAUGGGCGACUAGCACAACAGGGUGAACCUGAACUUGGGACAGAACCAACCCCUGGGGAUGCCCAUGCAGGUUCCCCUAGUGAAUCAGGUUCUGGCCAUAACCCAGUUCCCCAGCCAGAUGGGGCUCAGCAUCCACUACCCCCGCCGAGUCCUACUAUGGAGUACUACUACACUCCACGGGUCGCCGACAUCCGCCUCGUCAUCCUGUAUCCGCCCAUUCCAUCAAAUAACUUUGAGAUCAAGCCAUGUUGGAUUCAAAUGAUCACAUCCUCCAUCGAGUUCCAUGGCCUCAAGGAUGAAGAGGCGAGGGUGCACCUUUCCCGGUUCUUGCAGCUUACCAAUGGGUUCAAACUUAAUGGUGUACCAGAUGAUGCGAUCCGUCUUACUGUGCAUCACGUCAUGGGACGAUCUGGCCGACAAGUUUGUGCAUAGGUACGACCCGGCCUCGAAGACCACGGAGAUUCAGUGGGAGAUCACUCAUUUACGCCAGGAGCUAGAUGAGUCAUUACGUGAUGCCUGGGAGCGGUACUCGGGAUUUUUCUGGCAGUGUCCCCAUCACGAUUUUAGUGAUGCAUUCACAGUGGGGAACUUCUACAGUGUUCUAUCACCAGAAAGCCAGAGGGUGAUCGAGUGUCUAUGCUCAGAAGUGGACAUUUUUACCAAGACUCCACCCGAGCUGAAUCAGAUGAUCAAUACUUUGGCUGCUAGAGAUCAUUCUUGGGGGCAGCACUAGAAGCAGGAACUCCCGGGAUUGAGGUGUGCAUUCUAUGGAAGCUAGAUCUGGGCUAGACCGAGAGGUGGCCAAGCUGGUCCAGACAUUAAAGCAGCCCAACAGUCUCAUUACGGGCAGAGGGUUGGCUGUCAAUUCAGUUGCACAGUGCAAGUGGUGUGAGAGCUCAAAUUAUUUGGUGGAAGACUGCCAGACUAUCAAGUGGUCAGAAUGUUGAUGAUUCAUUUGGUCUACAUAUAUUAGAGAUUUUUUUUAUGAGAUGCUUGGCUGAGGAUUUGGUGUUUGGCCAUCAGACUGGGGCGGUUUCCUAUAGAAAGCUUGCAAAAAGUCAAAAGCGGAAGAGCAAGAGGUCGUACAUUUGUUGUGAUAUGGACUUGGUUUAUAAAUCUUAUGUGGAAAGAGCGCUGUAAUCAAGUUUCUGGAGGGCACAGUAGACCUGGGCAAGCGAUUUUUAGAUAGUUUCGAGAUGAUUUGAUACUCUAUUCAUUAGUUAAUAUGAUACUUAGGUAGGAAUUGAUUUGUACUCCUCAUUGGAGGAGAUUAUUGUAAGUAUUGCAUGUUGGUCUAUAGUUGUUGUCCUGUCCCUGGUUUUUUUUUUUUUUAUCGCCUUGACUUGUAUGUCAAGAGAGCUCAAUAGAUAUACCCCAUACGU